CGCAUCACGUUGCGCCACAGUGGAAUGGGAUUUCUGCGUCUGGAGUUCUUGUAUAUUGUACCUAUGGCUUGCCUACAUAUAUGACCUGCCUGUGGCAAGGCAGCCCUGUCAAUCAAAUCAUUUGUGUUUCUUGCAGCUUCUGAAGAAUGGCAGAGAAAAUAGCUUCCAUUGCGUCCUCGACGCCGUCUAAUACCUGGAGAGGAUGGUUGUGGGAUUCAGCUGAUGUAUCGAAGGAGGAGAGAAGGUUUCUUCUCAAGUUAGACUUUACGCUUUUGACGUUCGGGACAUUGGGCAUGUUGAUCAAAUGGAUUGAUACCUCGAAUAUCACCAAUGCUUUUGUGUCAGGCAUGAAAGAAGACUUGGAUCUUUAUGGGAAUCAGUAUAAUUACAUUGUUGUAUCAUGGACUGUGGGGUACAUUAUUGGACAAUGGCCAUCGAAUUUUAUCUUGACUCGAGUUCGUGCUCACAUCUGGAUCCCCUUCCUUGAAGUCGGAUGGACAAUCUUCACGUUCAGUCUUGCAGGUGCAAAGACAUAUCACCAGAUGCUCGCUCUGCGAUUCGUGGUUGGUCUCUUCGAGGCAGGGUAUUGGCCAGCACUCUACUAUAUUCUUGGUAGUUGGUACAAUAAACGUGAGCUCGGAAAACGUAAUGGUAUUCUGCAGUCAGCUGUAUCGAUCGCUCCCAUCUUCAGUGGAUUCUUGCAAGCCGGAAUAUACAAUUCCCUGAACGGUCACGCUGGCCUGGCUGGUUGGAGAUGGCUCUUCGUGAUCAACGGUGUCAUUUCUCUGCCCAUUGCCAUCCUCGCUUACUUCUUCUUACCCGAUACCCCUGGCACUGCCGAAGCGAAUUGGUUGUUCACUGAACGAGACGUCGAACUCGCCCGCGAGAGAAUGGCCCGCGUAGGCCGAGUCCCCGAAGGAAAACCAUACACCGUAAAGGCCAUCCUCAGCUACUUCACAAGCUGGAAAACCGUGCUCUUCACCCUGAUCUUCACAAUGCAACCAUUCGGCAGCCAGCCCGCAACAUCCUUCGUCUUCUGGCUAAAAGCCCACAACAAACCCGGCAAACCAUCCGUCUACUCAAUCGCUCAAAUCAACGAAUACCCAACCCUCAACAACGCCUUCACAGCCAUCUACUCCCUCCUCGCAGUCUGGAUCUCCGACGGGCCCCUCCGCGGGCGUCGCUGGCCGACCAUCAUCUUCGGGAACCUGGUCUCCAUUGUGAUUUUCGUGCUCCUGGCCGUGACGCCUGUCUUUGGACCGUUUUCGCAUCGCGCGCCGCUUUAUAUCGUUUCUACGAUCGGGGGGAGCGCUGUUCCUUUGACUAUGGCGUGGAUGGCGGAGUUGAUUUCCGAUAAUGCGGAGCAGAGGGCUUUUACUGCUGCGGCGAUGAAUACUUUGCAAUAUACAUUCUCGGCCUGGAUCCCGCUCGUUUGGUUCCAGCAGGUCCAUCAACCGAAUGUUACCCCGGGAAAUAGAGCAGCGGCGGUAGUGGGAGGGUUGAAUGUGAUUGUGUUUACGGUCAUCACGGUGCUGGCUCAUUGGGAGAAGGUGCAGAAAAAGAGGAAUGGAGAGCUGGGACGGGCUUCUGCUUCGUUGGGGUCUGAGGUUGGGGUUGUGGAGGUGGGGAGUGAGAAGAAGUUUGCGUUGGUUGAUGAGGAGGAUGUUACGCCUGUGGUGCUUAAGAGUUAGGAUGUGGGGGGUUGGAAGAUGAUUUUUGGUGUUUGGAUGUGAUGGAAGUGGUGCUUUGGUUUGAUGGUGAUGAAAUCUCAGGACCACCGUCCUUGAUCUAGCUUGGCCACUUUGAGACUUCGAAUAAUGACCAUAGUUCGCAAGUAUUAGAAAGAUGCAGAGAUGCAAUUCAUCAUUCCGGAUCUUGAACAUUAGUCUUUCAAAGUCGAUCUCAGUACAGACCACACUCUACCAACUGGACUACUGCUUUCUUCAUGAGGAAAGAAGAGAGAAUGCAACGGCAGUUUUCAAAAUUGAUAAAUAUUAAACAUUGAAAUAUAUGCAAAAACUUAUAUAUCAUAGCCAUAUAUAA